UACUAAAAUAUGAACGAUUCCGAUCUUUGUUUUGGACAUGAGAUGGACCCACAACGAUCCAAAGCUCGGUGGCGGAUUACACACCGGAUGAGAACUUGGUCCGAUACCACCGCCCUAAGUUGGCCCUCUUGUGUGAGAGCCGGCGCAACGAGUUUGCCUCUUAAACCCCCAACCGACACCUCCCCCACUCUCUCCCUCUAAACAAGGAACAAAGAAAGUAGCACUCGUUUUGCCUCUGAAACCCCAACCAACACCUCCACCAACACACACACUGACACACACACACACACACACACACACACUCUCUCUCUCUCUCUCUCUCUCUCUCUCUCUCUCUAAGCACGUCCAUCACAAUGUCUACGAAAAUCUAGAGAAGGGUUCAGCGGAUACACCUGCAUUGAUCGUUCAAGAAGCGAAACUUGCAGAAACACAGUGCCCUCAGCUGAAUCUUUCAAUUGAUUGCAACUAAAGCCAAUGACACUUUUUCUGAACAUCUCCCACUUGCUGAACUUUGAAGUCCUUAUCUCUCAAUAUAGCAGAACCAUGCCAUUAAGGGUAAGGUCUGGCUGAGACGGAAUUCUUUUCUUCGAAGUGCGUCUGUGGAGAUGAAAGUAGCAAAUUUAAGUAGAAUUUUGGGGAGGCUCUGUUGUGUAACUUUGGUUGCUCUUAUGUGCACCACCAUUUUCCUUUGGGCUUGGGGGAAAAACCCUACUCAUACCACUUUGUUUUCCACAGAAGAUGAGUUCAUGCGGCCUUCUCCAGUGUCUUCAGAAGCUAAGGAUCAUACUUCAGAAGGUUAUCGGCAUUCACAAAUGGCAGAAGAAACAAGAAGUGUUGAAAAAAAUUAUGAAUUUGAUCGUGCACUAUGGAAUAUCACUGCCACCUUUUCUCGAGAGGAAAAGGACAAUGACAAGAUGUGGAACUCUUCUUUCAAGAACACAGGUUGUAACUAUGCCAAAGGCAAAUGGGUUGUGGACAGACGGAGGCCAUUAUAUUCUGGUUUUGGAUGUAAACAGUGGUUAUCAGACAUAUGGGCAUGUAGAUUGACCCAACGAACAGAUUUUUCUUAUGAGGGAUAUCGUUGGCAGCCUGAAGAAUGUGAGAUGCCAGAAUUUGAAGGAUCGGAUUUCUUGGAAAGAAUGCAGGACAAAACAAUUGCUUUUGUAGGAGACUCUUUGGGCAGACAACAAUUCCAAUCUCUCAUGUGCAUGGUCACUAGUGGUGAAGAGAGGCCAGAAAUUGAAAAUGUCGGAUGGAAAUACGGUCUAACAAAAACUCUUGGUGCUGUUCGUCCCGACGGCUGGGCUUAUCGGUUUCCACAUACUAACACUACCAUUUUAUAUUACUGGUCAGCAACCCUUUGCGAUUUAGAGCCCAUUAACAUCAACAAUACAUUUUUUACGGAUUUCGCCAUGCAUUUGGACCGUCCACCAGCUUUUUUGAAACAAUACCUCCACCAGUUCGAUGUUUUAAUCCUUAACACAGGGCAUCAUUGGGGCAGACCGAAGUUUAGAGCAAACCGUUGGGUAUUGCAUUUAAAUGGAAAGCCAAUUGAAGGUAGGCAUCUCGUGGCACUUCGCAAGGUGAAGAAAUUUGCAAUUUAUAGUAUUGUCAGAUGGGUUGAUUCGCAGAUGACAUGGCGUCCGAGACUCAAGACGUUUUUUAGGACAAUAUCUCCGCGGCAUUUCUUUGGCGGGGAUUGGGACACUGGUGGUAGAUGUAAUAACACUACUCCGUUGGCUGGAGGAAAUGAAGUGAAGCAAGAUGAAUCAAGCGAUUCUACUGUUGGUAAUGCGGUUAAGGGUACCAAAGUGAAGAUUUUGGAUAUAACUGCUAUUUCGCAACUAAGGGAUGAGGGUCACGUAUCGCGGUAUGGUCUUACAGCUUCCGACGUUGCGCAGGAUUGCUUGCAUUGGUGCUUACCUGGGAUUCCGGACACAUGGAAUGAACUUCUUUGUGCACAGGUAUAGCAAUGAGAAGUUUUGAGGUACAGUGAACAGAACCACAAAUCUAUUUACAGUCAAAGAUGGCUUCUUGGUUGAGAGAGAGAGAGAGAGCUGAGUGGUGGGUUCCCUCUGCCCCCUCUUCCCUGCUUUCCCCCUCCUUUUUUUUCUCUCCUGAUUUCUUCCUUCUUCUCAUCCCCUUAUUACACUACUGGUUUGUCUCUCUCUCUCCUCUCCUCCAUCCAUGGCUACAAGAUGUUUGAGGUUCUCUCCUAAGAGAGAGGAAGAUCUCCCACUUUCCCAUCAUUUUUGGGCAUUGGAGACAAGGAGUUCUAGGUCCGGGUUUUUGCUCUUGCAUGCGGUUCAGUUCGAGCGGCGGUUCUUCGAGUUCUCCAAUAGGGACGAUGAAGGCAUCUGUACAGUGAGAGCAGGAUCCGAUGGUGAUCCUCUAUCCACCCAAUUCCAUGAGCCGAGUACUAGGUCUGACAUCAGUGCUGAGCGGCUUUUCUUUUCUUUUUCUUUUUUUCUUUUAUUGUUUUUCUCUAUUUUCAGUUUGAUAAUGUCCUUUGCAAGCGUGGGCAAAUUCUUUGUGUUAUUCAAUAUAUGAUACUAGUAAUUGCUCAUGCUUUAAGGCAUGAACACAAUACGUUUUGAACACGACUAAAUCGAACUAUCAAAUUAUUGACCACUCCUGCCAAUGAAGCCAACUUCUCUAAGAAGUCUUUUAUUUC